UCGAAAAAAACAAAGGUGGUCGGAUAGGAUAAAAAAAGUAUAUCAUUCGACUCGGUUUUCGACGCAAACUCCGAAUAUGAUAUUCUUAUUGCAUAAAAAUGAGUUCUGAUGGAGAAAAUAGAGAAUUACGGGUAGAAUUCCGAUUUUUUCGCUCCUGAUUCAGAAAGAAUGUACUUUCUCAGGAAUGAAACAAAUUUUUGACAAAAGCGAUGCGUACUUUUGUCCGCCUUUAAAUGCUGAUUCGAAUGGUGUAUGACGAUCGGAGAAAAGUUUCAAAACCAGGGAGGAGAUAGGUAGCUCAUUUUGUCGAGUGCUGACUCUUGUCAAACUUGUGCAACACAGGUAUUUUGUUUUUUUGUGACUCAAAGGUACACAAUUAGACUCAGUUUUGGAUGGGGAAUCCGAAUAUAUCAAAUUCGAAAAAUUACAGUGAAUGGAAGGGGACAAAAUCGCAAGGUUUCUCAGAGCGAUGCAAAUUUUUUGUUUUCUCGAUGCUCUUAGUAUUCUGAGAAUUUCUCCCCCAAAACUUGAUCGAAUUCGAAUAAAAAGGUAUGAUAUUCGGAAUCAGCGCAGUCAGGAGUAUCUGACUAUGUAGCUUUCGACCAAAAACUGAAAUAGUGCUCGAUUUUUGAAUUGCGCGCACCUUACUUGAUCAAUAAAUACUCUCUCUUUAAUGAGUAAUCUUCUUUUCUGUAUUAAAAGCACAGAAAAAAUUAUUUUGGUUUAUAAUUAUAUAUAUGUCUAUGAUAUUAUAUAGAAACCACAUUUCAGUUGCAGUAUUCUUCUUUUUGUGGAUGUAAAACUCUAUUCUAGUUAUGUUCUCAGUAUUAUUUAAUGUUUCUUAGCGAAUUUUUUCCUCAUUACUUGUGAUAUCGGUUUUUUAUCUAAUUUAGAUAUUAAAUCGUUGCCUGUUUGUCCUUUUGGAGCCACUUGUUAUCGCAAAAAUCUCCUUCAUUUUGCUGAAUAUACUCAUCCAUUUGAUUUAUUAAAUCCAGACAAAGAUGAUAGUCAAAAUGAUGACGAGGCAACAUCAACAUCGUCGCCAAUGGAUACUCAAACAGUAACAAAGAAAAGUACAUCGACUAAAAAACGAAAGAUUGAUGAAAUAACCGGAUCAUCUUCAAAGAAAAAUGGAAGCGAUACAGAAGAAUAUGAUUCCGAUGAUGAAAGUGCUUAUGAUAUACAAUUGACAAAAUCCUAUUCACAAAUGACAGAUGACGAAAAGCGAUCGAUGAUAGAAAGAGCAUUUGAAGUCAAAGAGAAAUUGAAAGAAAAAUUAAAAAAAUCAAAAGAUGAAAUGGAUGCAAAACAAAAAGAAAUUGACGAAUUACAAGAAAAUGUUUCAAACGGUGUCUUACUUUUGGAUGGUGAAAAAGAAGCAUUGGAAGGAACAGAUAUUAAAUACUUUGAAUUAUUUCCUGAACGAAGUUAUAAACAAGGUUCAGCAGCUCAGACACAUUUUCGUCUUGCCGAAUCACAAUUUUAUCGAUUAUUAUCUGGACAAGCAAAUAUUCAUGUUACUAAGGUGGAAUAUGUUGUAAAUCCUAUUCUUGUCAAAAAGUUCAAAGAUGCUCGUGAAGAAUUAAAAAAGAAUCGUGGUGAUGAAUAUUCUUAUCCGGUGUUGGCAUUUCAUGGUACAAAAGUUGAAAAUAUCAAAUUGAUAUGUGAAGGAGGCUUUAAAGUGCCAGGUCAAGCAGGUUUUAAACACCGUACAGAUACUGGUUAUUAUGGUUGCGGUGUUUAUUUCAGUGAAUAUCCUGGAUAUUCAAUGGGUUACAUUGCUGGUACAACCAAAUUACUACUAUGUCAAGUUUUACAAGGAAAAGUUUAUACGUGCACAAAAUUAAUCCAAGGUGAACCAUUGUUAAAAGGUUACGAUUCACAUUGUAGUCCAUGCAAAAAAGAAUUGAUUAUAUUUCAUUCUGAAAGAAUUUUACCACAAUAUGUUGUACAUUACAAGCAGAGCACCGGCGAAUUUAAAUACACAUUACCAGCUGAAGAAAAAGCAGCAUUAAAAAAAAAAUUGGCUAAUAUAGGCAAAACUUAUAAGAAAGCAUUUUUGAUGAAGAAGAAAAAGCAAGAAACAUUAAUCCUUUUUUCUAUCGGCUUCAUAUUUCACAACACAAAAUUUGCAUUCAUUGGAGAUAUGUUUGAUACAAAAAUUGCCAUGGAAAAUUUAAUUAAAAAAUUUGGAGGAACUAUAUCAAUUGGUCCACCGCCGUCCGAUUAUCCACAAAUAAUUAUAUGUAGUAUGAAAGACUGGGAAACAAGUAGUGCUGAUUUAACAGUUUAUCAAACAGCGGGAUAUGCUCAAUUCUAUCGUGAAGACUAUAUAUACGAUUCAAUUAUAAAUGGAGCAGCACAAACAGCAACAAAUUAUUUACAUGAAUAA